UUUGGAGCUAGAAAGUAUUUGACUGUCCAAUAUGAAGCUAUUUGUACUGAUUGUCGUCGUCUUUGCUGCGAUCUUAGCGCUGGCCAUCGCUCACCCCGUCCAGGAGGAACCACAUCAGCUGACCCUGGAGGAUGCCGAGGCGCAGCCGGGAACCGAUGAAGGAGCCGGUGUGAGGGCAGCUCGUCACUUUGGAGGCGGUUGGGGCCGUGGGCGUGGAAUCUGUUGUGGCGGCGGAGGCGGUGGCUAUCGUCCUGGCGGUUUCGGUGGAUUUGGGGGCUAUCCCGGCGGCGGAGGCUUCGGCGGUUUUGGAGGAUCCAGUGCCUCUGCCUCAGCUUCAGCAUCAUCUAGCUCCUGGGGACGUUAAUCUCUAUAAUUUGUUUGACUUUGAAUAAAGCCAAAAAUAGAUGGAGAUAAAAA